CUGGCUUGAUUAAUUAACUAAAUUUCUGAAUUAUUUAUAAAAAAUGUUUUUUUUUUCUUAAAUCCCUCUUGAUAAUUAAAAUCAACUCCCAAUUGUUAUGUCCCAGGACUCGCAGCUCUCAACCGUUAUUUUCCCACAAAAGGUGUUAAGUCCUUACCUACGCAACCCAUCUUCGUCGUCAAACACCACCAUUUUCAGUUCAGAGCUCUGUGUCUCAGUUCACACUUUCUCUCUAGCUGUCCUUCCAGCCAAACAUGAAGAGUCGAUCAAGACAAAACCAAUCAGAGAGGAAUUGCAGAGAAGUUGGGCUGAAAUAUUGUGUUUCGGUUGCACCUGCCUACAGCUCUUCUGGCCAAGGGUCGUCGUGCGCAAAUGGCUCAACCUCAUCGCUAAGGAUUCCGAUUACAGUGCCGACUCUGAGGAUGAUGACGACGAUACCGACUCGUAUGUCGAAGAAUUUUGUCAGUGGCCGAGAGAAUCGCGAUUUAAGGAUGAUAAAGUAAAUGAAGCUGGAAUUUCUCCUAAUGAUGUUCUUCCCAAAAUGAGAAGACGGAACUCAGAGACAUUUAGGGCACAGUAUAUUAAUACAAAAGAAAUCAGAAUAUGCAUUGGCACGUGGAAUGUUGCAGGUAAACUUCCACCGGACGACCUAGAUAUUGAAGGUUGGCUAGAGAUCAGUGAGCCUGCUGAUAUGUAUGUGAUUGGUUUUCAGGAGAUUAUACCAUUAAAUGCUGGAAAUAUCUUCGGUGCUGAAGAUAGCCGCCCGGUGCCAAAGUGGGAAAGCAUCAUUCGUGAAACUCUUAACAACAUCCACCCUGCAAAGCCUAAAUUUAAAUGCUACAGUGAUCCUCCUUCUCCUUCAAGGUUUAAGCCCUCUGAGGAUGCCCCCGAUAUAGAAGAUGAAGUACUACUCGAAAGUGAUAGUGAUGGUAAGGAGGAACUAUAUGCAAUCAAUGAAGAAACUAAUGGUUCUGAUAAAGUCCAGGAUGGAUCAGUCACGGAAGAAAAUGAUUUUUUAAGUGCUCGAACUUCAGUCUCCAGCAGUGAUACCAAUUUAGGCAUGCCAGUUGCUUCUGAGUUGCAGAGGCAAUUUUCUUCUCGAAAAAGACCUGACAGGUUGAAUUGCUUUCGGCCUGAUGAUUGUACAGAAAAUGCAGAAGCAUCAGUUUCCCGAUACAGUAAGAUGUUAACAAAGACACUAAGUGGGACAGAAAGGAUUGGUUUAAGUUGGCCAGAGCCUCCUCUGGAUAUGCUGGCUCAGCAUGUUUUAGACAAACCUAAUUCCAUCAAAUCCAUCAGGUCAUUCAAAGCUUCCAGAUAUUUCACGAGAUAUAAUUCUGUCAACUCAAAUAUUAAUGGUCACAAUAGAGUGCCAUCAAAAACAGCUUUGCUUGCAGAACUUGACCUUGAUUCUGUCAUGUAUCGAAAAAGAAGACCUCCCUAUGUCAGGAUAGUAAGCAAGCAAAUGGUUGGGAUUUUCCUCACUAUAUGGGUUCGUAGAAGCUUGCGAAAGCAUAUCCAAAACUUAAAUGUGUCUGCUGUUGGUGUUGGAGUCAUGGGCUACAUAGGUAACAAGGGCUCAAUAUCAGUCAGCAUGUCUAUACAUCAGACGCUUUUCUGUUUCGUAUGUAGUCACCUUACAUCAGGUGAAAAAUAUGGGGAUGCAGUUAAAAGAAAUGCUGAUGUGCGUGAAAUACAUCGAAGAACGGAAUUUAGUUCUCUUUCUGGCAUUGGACUUCCUAAAAGCAUUCAUGACCAUGAGAGAAUAUUCUGGCUUGGUGAUCUAAAUUACCGUAUCAAUCUGUCAUAUGAGAAAACACGAGAGCUAAUCUCCAAAAAGGACUGGUCCAAGUUGGUGGAGAAUGAUCAGCUUAUACGAGAGCUGAAAAAAGGUUGUGCAUUUGAUGGAUGGUCUGAAGGUACUUUAAACUUUCCGCCAACUUAUAAAUAUGAGUUCAAUUCAGCGAAGUAUUACGGAGAGGAUCCAAAGGUUGGGAGACGUACCCCGUCAUGGUGUGACCGAAUUCUUUCUUUUGGGAAAGGCAUGAGGCUAUUGAACUAUAAGAGGACUGAACUUAGAUUUUCUGAUCAUCGCCCUGUGGCUGCCACAUAUAUGGUGGAGGUUGAGGUGUUUUCUCCUAGGAAGUUACAAAGGGCUCUAACAUUCACUGAUGCGGAAAUUGAAGAGGAGGAAAUUACUGCAGAUAUGGGAACUGAUAGUGGAAUGAGGUGCUCAAGAUUGGGAGAGGUUGCAAGUGAUCGGAAGCAUUAA